ACGGGGUAUGCAGGACACACUGUGUGCUUGAAGCUUCAGUAACCAAGCAGAUCAGGGCAGCAGCCUGACAGUUUAGCCCUGAGUGACUGUGUGCGUUUGGAAAUAUUCUUACUAGCACAAGAAAUCUGCUACUCUCAGGACCAGCAGUGUACUUAGAGGCGUGUGUGCUUCUUGCAAGAUGCAGGGUGCGUGUUUCUGACUUGCCUCUCAAUUGGAAAGCACUGAGAGGAGCCUGCAACAAAUAUAAAGCCAAGUGCUGAGCAGCUGCACUGUGAUAAUCUGUGACUUUGUUGAGCUUCUCUGGAUUGAAGAAUGGAUUUUGUCCCAGCAAUCUUCUGCACACUAGUGAUUUUGAUGGUAUCCAAUAAUAUGAUCACAGCAGUGACAGGGAGCAAAUAUGAUUGCGAGGGUCACUUGGCGUCAUCAUUGCCUCCAACAUCUUUUAGCAGUUCAUCAGAGCAAUCCAGCAGUCAUAAUGCAGGAUUUGCAAAGCUGAACAGACGAGAUGGAGCUGGUGGAUGGUCCCCUCUUAUCUCAAACAAAUACCAGUGGCUCCAAAUAGAUUUAGGAGAACGACAUGAAAUCAGUGCAAUUGCUACUCAAGGCAAAUAUGGAAGUUCAGACUGGGUAAAAAGCUACUUACUUAUAUAUAGUGACACUGGAAGAUAUUGGAAGCAAUAUCAUCAAGAGGAAAGCACUUUGGCUUUCACAGGAAAUACAAAUGCUGACAGUGUUGUGCAACAUAUGCUUCAAAACCCCAUUAAAGCACGAUUCCUGCGCUUUGUUCCUUUGGACUGGAAUAGCCAUGGUAGAAUUGGAAUGCGAAUUGAAAUAUAUGGAUGUGCAUAUAGAUCAGACACAGUUUACCUUGAUGGUCAAAGCUCCAUAUUGUAUCGUUUUCAGCAAAAAUCAAUGAGUACCAUGAAAGACGUAAUUUCACUUAAAUUUAAAACAAUGCAAAGUGACGGAGUCCUUCUACAUGGGGAAGGACAAAAUGGAGACCAUAUAACACUGGAACUCAUAAAAGGAACACUCUCCUUGAUAAUUCAUCUAGGAAAUGUAGAAUUUCAUCCCUCUUAUCCACAUGUUAACGUCUCCCUGGGAAGCUUGUUAGAUGAUCAGCAAUGGCAUUCAGCUGUCAUAGAGCGCUUCGGCAGAGAGGUCAAUUUUACUGUUGACAGACAUGUGCAUCAUUUCUUCAUGAAGGGAGAGAUAUAUUAUCUGGACAUUGAUUAUGAGCUUAGCUUUGGAGGGAUCCCAUUACAAGGAAAAACAGCAUCUCGUCAGCAAAAAAACUUCCAUGGAUGUUUUGAAAACCUGUAUUAUAAUGGUGUGAACAUUAUUGAUUUGGCCAAAAGGCAUAAACCUCAGAUUGAAUUUGUGGGAAAUGAAUCUUAUAUUUGUUCGGAGCCACAAGUUGUGCCGGUUACAUUCGUAAAUAUGAAUAGUUAUUUAAUUCUACCAGCCAUAUCACAACAAGAUGAGGUGACUGUCAGUUUCCAGUUCCGUACCUGGGACAGAGAAGGGUUUCUAUUUUCCACUAAACUUGGCACAUUGUCAUAUAAUUUUUUAUUGUACAUUGCAGAUGGGAAACUUAAAAUUAGCCUUUUAAAACAUGGAAAAACAUAUUCUGAUAUUGCUUCAGGUAUUGAAUUAAAUAAUGGACAAUGGCAUUUGGUGUCUUUCAUGGCAAAAAGAAAUCGUGCUGUUAUAACUAUAAACAGUGAUGCAGCUUCAUUGCUUCAAACAAGCCUACCAUUUCAAGUAUCAUUUCCUGAGAUGUACUAUUUUGGAGGUUGCCCAGAAAACAGCACCCAUUAUGGAUGUAUAAAUCCUGUCAGGAGUUUUCUAGGAUGCAUGAAAUUAAUUUCCAUUGGUACAAAGGUGAUAGACCUCAUUUCAGUACAGCAAGGAACAUUGGGAAAUUUCAGUGACCUUCACAUCGAUGUAUGUGGAAUCAUUGACAGAUGUUUUCCAAACUACUGCGAACACGGAGGAGUAUGUUCACAAACUUGGAAUGAUUUUUACUGCAACUGUUCAAGUACAGGAUACAUGGGAGCUACUUGUCAUUAUCCUAUCCAUGAGCAAUCAUGUGAAGCCUAUAAGCACAAGGGCAAUACCUCUGGAUUGUUUCUCAUUGAUUCGGAUGGAAGUGGACCAUUAGCUCCUUUUUCUAUAUUCUGUAAUAUGACAGACACUGCAAUAACAAUCAUAAAUCACAACAAUACUGAACUGAAUAGGGUCAAGAGCUCUAAUAGGGAGAACCCACAUACAGUGAAUUUUAAGUACACUGCUGAUAUCGACCAACUUCAGGCAACAGUUAACAACGCAGAACACUGCACGCAAGAACUUGCUUACCACUGUAAAAAAUCCCGGAUUCUACACAAGCAAAGUCAUAUUCCAUUUAGUUGGUGGGUUGGACGAACAAAUGAAACACAAUCUUACUGGAGUGGUGCUUCAUCAGAUAUCAAGAAAUGUUCAUGUGGACUAGAAGGAAAUUGCAUUGAAGCUGAACUUUUUUGUAAUUGUGAUGCUGACAGAAAUGAAUGGACAAAUGACACAGGAUUCCUUUCUAAUAAAGAUCACCUACCAGUUAUGCAAAUUGUGAUAACAGACACUGACAGACAGCAUUCAGAAGCUGCUUAUAAGCUUGGCCCUUUACUAUGCUCGGGAGACAGAAGUUUUUGGAAUUCGGCUUCGUUUACCACCGUAUCAUCAUAUCUUCACUUCCCAACACUUCAAGGUGAAUUUAGUGUAGAUUUGUCCUUUUAUUUCAAGACUACGUCACCUUCUGGAUUAUUUCUGGAAAAUCUUGGGAUUAAAGAUUUUAUCCGAAUUGAAUUGCAAUCUCCAACAGAAGUGAUAUUUUCAUUUGAUGUGGGAAAUGGGCCAGUUGAGGUCAUAGCACAGUCUCUGACUCAUUUAAAUGACAAUCAGUGGCACUAUGUAAGAGCUGAGAGAAAUGUGAAAGAAUCUUCUCUACAGGUCGAUCAGCUACCACAAAAAACAUAUAGCUCACCUUCUGAUGGGCACAUUCGUUUGCAGCUUAAUAGCCAACUUUAUAUAGGUGGAACUGCAUCACGACAGAAGGGAUUUUUAGGAUGUAUCCGGUCUUUAAAACUCAAUGGAGUUCCAAUUGAUUUGGAAGAGAGAGCUAAGAUGACCCCAGAUAUCAAGCCAGGAUGUCCUGGACACUGCAGUAGUUAUGGGAGCUUAUGUCACAAUGGAGGAAAAUGUAUAGAAAAGCACAGUGGAUUUUCUUGUGAUUGCAGCUUCUCAGCAUACACUGGACCAUUUUGUAAAAAAGAAAUAUCAGCAUAUUUUGGAGCUGGUUCUUCGGUUACCUAUCAUUUUCAAGACAAUUAUACCGUAUCUAAAAAUUCCAGCAUACCUGCUUCUUUUGCUUACAUAGAUACAUCUGCUAGAGAAAAUAUUUCAUUUACUUUCCGGACAAACCAGGCACCAAGCGUAUUGCUCUUCAUAACCUCUUUUAAUAAGGAUUACAUAUCUAUUACUAUUUCAAGAAAUGGAAGUCUUCAGAUUAGGUACAAACUGGACCAUCAUCUUGACCCUGAUAUCUUUAGCAUCAAUGUAAAAAGUUUAGCUGAUGGCCAUCUACACAGAAUAAAGAUUCUAAGGAAACAAGAGGCUCUCUUUGUAGAAGUAGACCAGUAUGCAACUGUUAAAUUCCUUCUUACUUCAAAUACAGAGUUUACUGCAAUCCAGUCUCUUGUGCUUGGAAGAAUACCAGUGGAAAACAUUGAAUUAGACCCAGAGACCACUCGGGCAGGCAUGAAUGGAUUUGUUGGCUGCCUUUCUACAAUGCAUAUAAACCAUAUAUUUCCCCUGAAAACUGUUUUGUACAACAACAAAUUAACCAAAGUAACAAUUAAAGGACAAAUUAGUGAAUCCAACUGUGGUUCUUUAAAUGGAUCAGACUCAACAGCAAGUGAAACAACCCAUUCAUUUUCAGACCAUUCAAGACCAAAAGAUGAAGGACACCUAAUAGCAAGUGCAAUCAGAAGUGAUUCUGCAAUUAUUGGAGGUAUAAUAUCAGUUGUGGCAUUCAUUCUGUUAUGCAUGGCUGCCAUAGCAGUAAGAAUUUAUCUGCAGAAGAAUACAUAUAAACAAACUGAAGUGAAAGUGUCACAGAAUGAGGACAAUACAGGAACAGCAACAACACUGAAAACGGAAAUCAGUAUGCAAAAUGCAAUCGACGAGAGUCAAAAAGAAUACUUUUUCUAAAGAUUCUCAUUGUUUAAAUGAACAAUGAGACAGAUAUUCUUGCUAAGCAAGGGGCACUAGACAAACCACAGAAUCAUAAUAUUGUAAAUGUGCUUGAAGCAAACAACAAACAGGAAAUGAGUUACAAUGCAUAGGGACAGUCACGGCGAUUACUAGAAGAGGCCUCUAGUAUAUAUAUGCAUUUCUUAGUUUUCAUAAAUUCAUUUUUCAAUUAAAGUAAUCUCUGUAAUGUGCACACUUUUAUUGCUGGUAGUUUCAGAUUGUUCUGACGUGAUUCUUUAAACCUGCAGAAUUCCAUAUUUACUAUCACUUUAAAUAUAUGGACUGACCGUUCUGAAGAUUCAGUUAAUUAUCGCUGUGUGGUUUGAAAUGUUUUGUUUAAGGUAAAAUCUGGAAUGUAAUGAUAUCCAGUUUAAAAAGAAAAUAUAAUGUUGUAUUAUACAUUGUGAUAUUUCAGUAACCUAAUGAAUCAUGUCAUGACAAGAAAUGCCAUUUGGAUUUAUUUAUUUUUACAAAAAUGUAUUUAUAAGUGUUGAUAUCGAAUACACUUUAAUGUUUCAAAUGUAGAACCCCUGAAUUAUGAUAGAUGAAAAAAAACCAAGUUGUUUGCCUUUUAACCAGCCUUAAAAAUUAACCAUAUUUUGUUUUUAAAAUUGCUCCAUGUCAUGGUAGGAACUUCUAUGUGUUCUUUUUCUUGACCUAGAAUGUAUAAAAUUAUUUAUGGUAAAAUGUAACCAAAAAAACAAUACAAUAGUGUUGAAAUAAAGACAGUUAAGUACACAAUGGACAAUUAAAAACAGGUAUAUUUGAUCAUCAAGCACAAAGUGAAACAGUCAUACUUGGAAACAACUGAGUUUGAAUAUUAGAAAAUUGUUGAAAAUUGACUAUGACUAGCAAGUUUUAAAUAAUCAAAAUUAGUGCACAUGCUAUAAUACAUUUAUUUAGCUGACUGCUACAUGGAUUAUAAGAAAGAGCACAACCAUGACUUAUUUUUGUUUACUUGUAGAGACGUUUAUUUAUUUUCUCUUAGAACAACUCUCCUGCACUGUCUUUUAUCUAAA